AUGGCAUCAGUAUUUAACAUGGACAUAUCUGAAGUCGAAAAUGAGCUUCUCAAGCUUAAAAAUGAUAUUCAGAUCAAAUCCAUGGCAACAGGAGGAAGUUUCUGGAAUCUUCUCAGUGAAGAAAAAUAUCCCAAUGUCAGAAAAUGUGCCAUGUACCUCACAGCAUUUUUUGGAUCAACCUACCUUUGUGAAUCAACAUUUUCACACAUGAAACACAUCAAAUCCAAAUACCGAUUAACAAUGUCAGAUGAACACCUGGAUGCUUGCUUGAGGCUAGCAGUCACCACCUACAGUCCUAAUUACACAAAGAUGGCAGACAACAUGCAGUGCUAA